AUGGCAGCCAAAACAACUGACUAUCAACCAGUGGAGAGGAAUAGUCACUCCACUGUACGGGUAGGAGACUACCUGUACAUGUGGGGUGGGACCCAGCCUGAUCCCCCUAGAGUACAUAAUAAUGAAAAGAAGAAAUCAAUGUAUUCUGUGAUGGAGGUAUGUCACCUAAGGACUGGUAGGUGGGAGCAGAAACCCACCACUGGUAACCCUCCACUGGGUGUUAGGGGCUAUGCAGCUGCUACCAUUGGAAGGGAAAUCUUUUAUUUCGGAGGCUAUAGGGACUCUUAUCAUAAUAGUUUAUGCAGUUUCGAAGUUGAUACCUUCAAUUGGAAGGAACUUUCUCCUACUACAUCUCAUCAUGGUCCUAUGAUGAAGAACUACUGUGGCAUGAUAGCAAUAAAAGUGAACGGUGAGGACUAUCUUGUAGUAAUUGGAGGAUAUGGAUCAACUUCUAAUAAUUCACCUAAACAACCUGGUGCCCAGUACAGUGAUCAACGAUGCAAUGAGAUCCAUUUCUAUAAACUCUCAACAGACUGGUUGCAUUGA